GUUCACUCCGUGACUCUGUCGAAGUCUCGUAGUGUUAACUUUAGACGGCUCAACUCAACGAAUUAUUUGUUAUAAAAAUUGUGCAAAACUUUGUUAGUAGUUUCUAGUUUACUAUUUGCAAUUAACUUUAAAAGAACAGUGUUGUUUAUAACGAUAUAAUUAGUGUUAAAAGUUCAUGAGUGCGUGCAUGCUGUUUUCGCCGAGACCUUGAUAACUAGUUUCUUGGACGAGCGAAGAGCCAGUUAUUAUAGGAUCAUGCCCGAGGAGGUACGUCUUUAGCUUACGUAGGGUUGCGUAUAUUAAAGACGACUGUGCGUGUACUAUUUCCUAAUUGCCCUACUAACAAGUGAGGUUUAGUGUUGAAAGUUCGUUACAGAGACAAACUGAAACUGUAAAGUGCGUUUUGGUCAGUGUUAUAAUGACGAAGUUAAAAUAAUUGUGCGCAACCGAAGGACGGCUGUGAGGUGUCCGCCAGCGAGACAUUCAUUUUAUAGUGCGAUGGACAACAUCGGAGAGCGCGGCACACCGCUCGGCGUAAGUCACAAUGGUGCAGACAAGGGCCCCGUCGACCUGAAUAUUAGCGAUAUUUUGGACGCGAUCUGCAUCGCGGACCCGGCGUUCGAUGCGCGCGAGGUAGACGGCAUGUCGCGGCCCGCGCCUGCGCCCGCCCCCGCCCCCGCCCCCGCGCCCGCGCACGCCAUGACGCCCGCUGCCGUGCCCGCAGCGGCGCCCUCUGUGCGCAUCGUCGAGCAGCCCGCCAGCAAGGCGCUCAGGUUCCGUUAUGAAUGCGAAGGGCGGUCGGCGGGUUCGAUACCCGGCGUGAACACCACCAGCGAGAGGAAGACCUACCCCACCAUCGAGAUCAGCGGCUGCACCGGCAGCGCGAUCGUCGUGGUAUCCUGCGUCACCAGGGAUCACCCGUACAGGCCGCACCCACACAACCUGGUGGGGCGCGAGCGAUGCGACAAGGGCGUGUGCACGAUGAAGGCGGAGCUGACGGGCGACAGCACGCUGGUGGCCUUCAGCAACCUGGGCAUCCAGUGCGUCAAGCGCAAGGACAUCGACUCCGCGCUGCGCACCCGCGAGGAGCUGCGCGUCGACCCCUUCAAGACCGGGUUCGGGCACCGCAGCCAGCCGCAGAGCAUCGACCUGAACGCGGUGCGGCUGUGCUUCCAAGUGUUCCUGACGGGCAAGGGCGGCAAGGUGCGGCUGGCGCUGCCGCCCGUCGUGUCCGACGUGAUCUACGACAAGAAGGCCAUGAGCGACCUGCACAUCGCGCGCAUCUCGCACUGCGCCGGGCCCCUGCGCGGCCGCAUGACCAUGAUCCUGCUCUGCGAGAAGGUGACUCGUGAAGACACGGCCGUGGUGUUCUUCGAGAAGGAGAACGAGCAAGUGAUCUGGGAGGCGGCCGCCAUCAACGUGCACGUGCACAAGCAGGUGGCCAUCGCCUUCGAGACGCCGCCCUACCGCAACCCCGACGCCACCAAGAACGUCAAGGUCUAUCUCCAGCUGAAGCGUACAACGGAUAACGCCCGCAGCAACGCUCUGGACUUCGAGUACACCGUGCCACCAGAUAUAGUAAACGCUAAGCGAAAGAAGCCCUUAUCGCCAUUUUCACAAAACAUUGGUUUCCCGAUGGAAAUUGGAGGGCAGAUCAAGUCCGAGCCGCGAGAUUCACCGAGCAACAUGCGCAGUCCGCCUCAACACGUGUAUCCGCCUUACGAACACGAGCCCGUCCAGCCUUGGCCAAUGGACAUGCCUCCUUCCCUAAACAUGCCGGGUACAAGUCAAGUCAAUCAGUACGGGAGCCAGGGCAUGACUUGGAUGGACCAGAACUAUCUGCAAGCUCAGCAUCUGCAGCCCAGCUCCCCGAUGCAGGCGAUGUCGCCGCACAUGCAGCCAUUGUCACCACACAUGCAGCCACUGUCGCCACAUAUGCAGCCACUUUCGCCGCACAUGCAGCAGCUGUCUCCCAUGGGACACUCCCCGCUGUCUCCGGCCAUGGGCCACGCCUCGCCAGCAAUGGGACACAUUUCCCCGGGGUUGAGUCACGCUCAAGGGCAAUACGUCCAGAGCAUCGACCAGCAGAAUCUUAUUCAGCAGGACAUGGAUGUGACAUCCAACAGCACACCUUCCAUCUCCAAGCUACUAGAGGUUCAAGGUCAGGGUGAAGAGAUACGCCUGAGCUCCGACCUCUCCUUUCCUAUGUGUGGCGCGGACCUCAGUGAUAGUUUGAAGGAACUUUCGACCAAAGACUUGCUGGAUAACACCGAGUGGCCUCCACACGGGGGUGGCUAGAUCCUAGGCUGGAUAUGUCCCAGCCUUUAACCAUAGUUGUUCAGUGAAUUGGUACAUUGCAAAAACACAAAGUGAAGAACUUCAGUAGUAGUUUAAGGUGACCUAAUUUGUUUUGUUACGAGUACAUGAAAUGUGUUUGACAUAAUUAUGUAAAAUGAACUUGAGAUUUGGAGAAGAAAUUGACUUUAAUUAUUUUAAGUAUGAUGUAUGGAUGAAUGGUCAAAAGCGGUUUUGUGUUGUUUAAAUUAUUUGAAUAUAAAUAAAUAAAAAUAAUCUUUUGUAAAUGCGACGUUCGACAAAUUAAGAUAACUUAAAAAGAAGCAAUUAUAUGCCGUUCCUAAGUUGUUGAACCAGUAUAUUGUUAAAAACUUUUUCCAUACAUUGGGGAGGGAGAAUAAAAAGGUUUUUAAAUAUAGAAACCAGGCAUACAUUUUUACUCUCAAUAUGGUAGUUGACACUCACAUAGGUGAACGAGAGAAAGCAAUUUCUACGUACUAAACAUUAAUAAUCGCAAACAUAAAUGUUAAAAAAUAUAAUAAACAAAAAGGUAACAAUUUAUUAAACUUAAAAAAAAAAGAAGAACUACGUGCUGAGACGAAUGUGUAUUGAAACAUUGAAACCACGUGUGCGGAUGCUGUUAAACUGUGUAAAUUAUUUUAUUCUAUUUAGUUUUUGUACUCGAGUUUAACUUCUUUAAUUUUAAUUAUUUGACUCGUUUGAGGGUAUUCAACAAUAUCAGAACUACUAUUUUUCAACCUUGGAACCCUGGAAUGUUAUCGGAUUUAAUUUAAAAAAAAAAUCGUUUCACAAAUGGCGAAGAUAUCACGUAAAAUGUAUGUAUCAUUUCUUUCAUUUCACUUUUGAAGCUAGAAAUGCUUCAUGUUUUAUUUGCUUUCACUGGAUAUCAUUAUCGUCAAAUAAAUCUUUAUGUUAAGUUAUCAAAGUGUAAUCAACCGAAUUCAAAUAUGUUGCUACAUCAUAACCGUGUCAACUAUCUAUUCUGCCGUGAAAAUGGACUGAAAUAUUAAACAAUAUUAAAAAGAAAAAUUUUACGUUUGACCAUUUAUUAUGUUCUCAUUUUUCUACUAUAAUUGUGCUCAUUAUAUAUUACGUUGACGACAGCUUUGCGUAACUUGAACACCAUAGCUAGAAUUAAGUCCUAGUUAGAAAGCAUUUGCCGAUAUUACAUUAUAUUCCGAGCUAUUAAAGUUCAAAAUCGAGUGGACGUCGUUACGCAGAAAAGGGUCUAACCCACAAAAAUCUACUUUUGUGACAUUGAAUAUCAAAAAUUGCUGCAAUUAUUGGGGCAAUACAACAUUGUUUUGUUUCUUAUUUGAAUCUAGUUGCUUUUAACCCGACCAUAUGUUGGAUCUUUUUUGCGUAAAUACAUGUAAAUCUGAUAUCCAAUAAUAGUGUAGAAAGCUACAUUUUCAUCAUUUUCAAAGAGCUGAUCGAAACAAACGCCUGUCAUAUUUUCAAAUUUGUUUUCCCAUAUUCUGUGUUUUAAUAUAAUAUUUUUCUAAUAUUUUAAAAAUGUAAAUAUUAGUUUGUUCAAAAUCUUAGAUCUCCGAAACUUCUUCACCGAUUGCUUUUUUUUUAAUUUUGACACAACGUUGCUUUCGAAUUCGCGCGUGAUUUCAUAUAGUUCUUGAAAAAGUUUUUGAGCUACAGCGACGCGUGACCGUUAAAAAGACUUGAUGUUAUAAUUUGCACAUAAUAUAUUUGUUUAGCCGAGACGAAAGUUCAAAGCUAUGCUAGGAUCCAGUAGAUGGCGCUAUGGUCAAGGUUAUAAAAAAAUCCUUAUUACCUAAAUGAUUCGUAAUAUAUAAUGUUAUUUAUAGUGCCAAGAAAAACACAUAAAAACCCAUGUGUUCCAUGGUCUGGAUAUGAAUAAAUUUUAUAUUAACACAAUCUCAAAGUGCACGUUCAUAAGCGAGCUAUAGAAAAAAGCUAUCUGAUCAAACUAAAUUAUUUUAAAACAGAACAGUUUAAAACAAGUUACAGUGACAGUUUUUGUUCUGAAUUGUCGCUCUACUAGUGUACAUAGAAGUCUUUGAUCAACAUGUUUUUUUUUAUAUUUGUGGGUUUGUUUUAGCCAGCUCUUUUAAUGUGAUCAAUAUACUUGAAACUUGUGACUCAUAAGCUCAUAACACAAUUUCUAUCUAUAAUAAUAUUUAGAUUAAUUUGAUAUUCUAUGAAUAAUGAUUUGUUUAAAUAACUCUCCGCUAUAGUCUGAAAUAUUUGUUAAGCAUAUCAGCUAGAGUCGAUAAUUUAAGCGUUUGAUAGAUGUAACUAAGUUACAAUAGGGGCUUGUUAAUUCAUUGUAUAAACAGAUAAUAAAUGUCAAGCUACAAUAUCGUCUCUACUGGCUUAGAAAUGACUGUUGAGCUUUUUGACAAUAAUCACGAGAUGAAUUUUAGUAUUCUAGGGCAUAAGGACAGAAUACUGAUCAAUAUAUAUUUUUACUUUUUAAUUUACAAUAAGGAAUGAGAAUUAUUGUAUUGAGACACAUACAGCCUUCAGUGCUUAUUUGUGAAAUUUACAUUAGUUUUAUCAUGUAAGGGUUAUACUCUCGUUAUUAUUUUAUGUCACAAAUGCGAACAUCACAUUAGUAUUUUUUGGAAUCACAAAAUAAUGAAAUCACAAAAUAAUUUUUAAAAUUAAACUUAAACUAGAUGAUUGUGUGGCCCAUUGUUCACACCGACUACCACGGAUUCCUGAGUAGAGUACCAACUGAUGCCAAAUUGAUGUCACUGAUGAUGUCACACCAGUUGUUGGUUUUCAGUUUGUAUGUGUUUUGUGGGGUUGCCAAUAUAUCAACUAUAGUAUUUUCGAGGCUAUUAUCUCUAAAAUAUAGUAGGUGGUGAAAAAGUAAGAAAUACAUACAGUAUGUUUCAAAUAAAUAUUUUAUUUCUUAAGAGAAUUUUUGUUGACUUUAGCUUUUAUUAACAGUUUUUUGCUAUAGUCACUCCUUUUUAUAAUUUAGUAGCUUUGUCUACUAUUUAUUAAUUGGAAUUGUAUUAUUUUGUCUCCUAAUAAUAUCUAUCUAUACAUAUAAAAAAGGAUAUUUGUAUAUACGAAAUCGCUUAACUCAAAAUCUAUUUGAUCGAUCAUCAUGAAAAUUGGUAUAUAUAUAGAUUUUUUUUCAAUGGAAGUUUAUAUUUAUAAUACAAAAAAAAUAAAAAAUCGGUAUUUUUUAAAAACAAACAAAAAUAUUUAUUUUAUUUUAUUUGCUUUUUUUUGCAAUUUAGCGCGGCAAUUAAUAAAUUAAAUUGCAUGCGCUUAAAUAAAAAACGUUGCUGAACACAACCUAUGAUAUUAACUGGCAGACCAGCCAACGUCUGCCGGGUUAAGCUAGUUCAGUUAGCUUGCCAUUUUAUUUUGUUCCCUAAUAAUGUAGUAGUAUAAAUAAAGUAGAAUUGGCAACCCUACCUUCAUACCAACCAUAUGAUCUUUUCGCGCAUUCACUUUAGUUGGCUUCUAAUUAUUCAAAAGAUAUCGCUGUGAUCCAAAAUCAUUUCAAAACUUGAACAUCACAAAAUUGAUGCUUUAUAAAUCCAAACAUUCCUUGCUUAUGUCAUUGGUGCUAUCAAUUUUUUUAUAUCAUUUAUUGAUACAAAUCUAUUUUAACAUCACAAAAUCCUCGACGGUAUUCUCAUAUAAAUAAAAUCUAGAUUAUUCAAUAUGAAAAAUGUUAUUAUUUAAGAAACAAAUUUGAUAUUAUACUGUAAUAUAAAGAGAUUUUUAUUAAAUAUUUGAGAUUAUUGACAAAGUUUUUUAAGAGUAUUAUAUUCAAUUUGCUUUAUUAUUAUUGAUUAUAUGUACAUUCCACCACACACUAGCCUCGGAUAAUUUUGUAUAUGCUCAAUAAUACUAAAUUUUAAGACGCCGUUAAUUCUCGUGCUGUCUCUAUCACUUUAAGCCAAAGUGACUGUGACACCACGAGACUUAACGACAUCUUAAAAUUGAGGUAGCGUUGACUAAUAGUAACAAAUUUUUUUUUUGUAUUAUUAAAGAAUUAUAUUUCUCCAUUUAUCAAAAUAUUUCAUUGAUAUAACGUAAUGCUGUUCAGUUUGGUAAAAAGCCUUAUGUUAUUACUUCGUAUAACUAAAUGGGCUAUUAUGUAAUACUGCGUAAUUUCUAUGUCAAUGGUUAACAUUAGAAUAUGCGUAAUUAUUCUGAGGCUGUAUUGUUCUUUGCAACUAUUAACAUUUUAAUGAGUGUGCAUUAGUUAAAUAACUUACAUCGUGUUAUAUGUUUGCUAUUCAAUAAGUUACACUUCAAACCUCCACUUUUCCUUAUCUUGCGACUGCUUGGGUUCGAAUCCCGGAGUCAGGAAGUUGGUGGUGUUUCACCCCCGUUCCUCGGAAACCACGUAAAACCAUUGGUCGUGCGCCUGAUCUCCCUCCGGUCGUGUCGGUUUACCGUCCCAUCGGACUAUAAGAGUGAGGGAACAGAGAGUGCACCUGUGCUUGCGCAUACACUUGGGCACUAUAAUCCUGCCCUGUACAGAUGACUAGUCUCCGUUGAUGAGACUGGCCGCCGUGACCGAUAUCCGGUCUGGAGGACAUUUCUAUUAUUAUCUUCCGAAUGGAAAUUUUAUUGACUCUCUUUAAUCAUCAAAUGUUAAAGUAUGCUAAGCUCAAGAAAUAUCUACUUAUUGUAAUGAACUUCGCUCUUGUUACGUAAAACGUGAAUUUAACGCAUUGAAAAUGCGUGAUAUUUCUGUUGUCAUUUUCAUAGUAUAAAAACAAAUAAAGAUUUUAUUUC